GGAUGGGGACUCGACUGGGGAGGUACGGUUCUCUGAUUCAUUUUGGGUGGAAGUGCUGCUAGUGGAAUAUCAACGAAUUAUUACUUGAGUGGUGACACUGAUCUGAAAUUUCGUCUGGUGUUGCGAUAAAACCGUGCUAGUACUGGCCUUUAGUCGUUUAUAGUGAAGUGACUAUGUCGAAGCUAAGAGUUGCUAUGGCCGGGUGCGGCGUUAUUGCACGACAGCAUUUGGAGGGCUAUAAACGCAGUGGUCGUGCCGUUGUGGAAGCGCUCAUUGAUACAAAGGAAGAGAACUCUGCAUCAUUCGCCAAAGAAGUCGGUGGAAGUCCAAAGAUAUUUGAUGACCUGAACAAGGCUCUGGAAUGGGGAGAGUUUGAUGCCGUGGACAUCAUGACACCGCAUGACCUUCAUUUCGACCAUGCGCUGGCGUGCAUGAAGGCCAACAAGCAUAUUCUGCUGGAGAAGCCUAUGGCAAUUAAUCGCCGAGACUGUGAGAAGCUGCUGACAGCUGGACAGGAUCAUGUAACACAGAACAAGAAAGUGUUUAUGAUCGGAGAGAAUGCACAGUACUGGCCAGAGGUUGUCAAAGUGAAGGAAAUCAUUGACAGCGGACGCAUCGGCGAUGUGUACUUUGCUAAGACGUCCUACUGGGAGACCAGCAUCAGCUCUCCAUUCCAGAAGCGCGUGGACAGCAGCGAGCACUGGGAGUUCAAUCCAUCUCGAGUCGGCGGUGGAAUCCUAAUGAGUGGUAGUUGUCACUGGAUAAGACCACUACGCAUGUGGCUCGGUGAAGUGGAUGAAGUGGUCGGCACUAUCAGUGAAGGCGCAUUUGAGGGCAUGCCAGCCGGAUUCGAAACGCAGGCACAGGCCCUGCUGAGAUUCAAGAAUGGCAAGACCGCAUGCUUCCAUGGGCUUGUUGCAAGCCACGCCCUGUCGGACACACCGUUCUUUCAAGUAUACGGAUCAAAGGGUGAGAUAACCAUUGGUGGAGGUUUCAAAGGAGGUGUGACCGUAUACGACCGUGAGCAUGUGAAUGGUGAGAGUCAGGGCCCAGCUCUCGGCUACGUGGAAUCCUUUCCACCGGAGAUCGAAGCGUUUGUCAGUGCGGUGCUGGACAAUAAGCCACUCGAUGCCGACGCCAUGUAUUGCAGUGGCGAGCCUCGCAUUGCCUGGGCUAUUUACCGCUCCUUGGAAAGCAAGCGGUUUGAGAAAGUAGUUUGGGACAGCUAGGAAUGAACACCGGGCUAGUUAGUGGUUAGUUGUCAGUACAUGUAGCUACUGCUGCUGCUGCUGCUGCUGCUGCUGCUGCUGCUGCUGCUGCUGCUGCUGCUACUAUUCACGGUUUUCUGGUGCUACUGCUGUACAAGUUACCGUAUAGCACUAACAAGGGCCGCAGUCCGUAAGUUUUGGUAAAUAGAAAAUUCGGAUUGUGGCUAGAAGAGAGUGGAUGGUUAAAUGCCCGGGGAAUUCUUUUAUUUUUCAAAAGCGACAGAUUGCACGGCCAUGCUUGACAUCGCACAAGUAGGUUGAUUGCUGUGUGGUUGUCUGAUCUAAAACUUGUAAAAAUUUAUCAAGCUAAUGAUGUUUCGGCACCUGACAUGUAAGCUUGCAGGGAAUCGUAAUGAAGCCGGGUCUUUGCUUUUCUCGGGUUGAACACACAAGCUCUUCAAUCUAUUUUCUUCUACUGGAGCGGAUCCAGCUUUAGCCUGGCAGAGAGAGCAUUGUGUGGGGGUCGUGGAUAAGACAUAGUUUUAGUGGAGUAUCCAUAUACAAACACGCUGACGAAUGAAUAAAAACCCACAUUAUAACAUUGUUGGAGAACUCAAAAGCUAUCAUUUCCAAAAGGGCAGGAGUGGUGGGGGUGUGGAAGGGUUGGUCAGCCUAUAAAUUUGGCCACUAUCCGGAUUUUUUAUUGUUCAAAUUUUUGGAAAGCCUCCAGAUCCAGUUGAUUUGACUUAGCUUGUUUUGUACAGUGCUGCUCAAUGAAAUCCAGUCUU